AUGGGAAUACCAGCAACCAUAUUGGACAGAUCCGCUCAAAGCACAAGCCGUACCUCGAACGUGCCAUACCAGCUGGCACAAUACGGACCAUUCAUGAAGCUCCUGGCCCAAGAUCCUUUAUGGGAUAUGAAUCGAGGAGAUGCCAUCAACAACAUUGAACAGUGGUUUUCGGAAACUGGCUCUCUCUACGCCGUUGUUAGCAAGGAGCAGAUGCUAGAGGUUGCCCAUAAUGUUUUUGACGUUAUGCAGAGUGUCAACGUCCACGACACGAGGAGUCGAGGAGCUCUGGCAGAGUGCUUGUCCCAUGAUAAGACUAACAAACUGAAACUCAUUUUGGCCAUUGGUCGAACGUUGGAGAGCGGUGGCCGUAAUGAUCUGGCCCAGAGGCUCCUCCAGAGCGCCACUGAAGCUAUUGAAGGGCUCCUAUGGAGCACAAAUUCCAUCAACAACAUACAGUUGCUAGUCCUGAUGGCCCUUUAUUACUAUCAUCUCGACGAAGAAGUACGAACAGGCCGCAUCAUUGGUUUUGCAGCCAGACUCUGCCUCGAAAUGGGCUUGCACCGUCGAGCGACCGUCAACUCCUUUGCCAACUCGGAAGAGCAAGCCGCGGCGCUACAGACGUUUUGGUGUGUGUACAUGCUGGAGAGAAGGACGAGUCUGGGGCAGGGGAUCCCGUUCUACAUACAGGACUGUCAUAUCGACCCAACACUAUUUGCCAUGGGUGGUCAUGAUGCAGUGACGACGGCGCUUCUCGACUGGACUAAGCUGGCAGGCAGGACGUGGCACGCUCUCAACAGCCAAGGCGAGAAGGAGAGUGCCAUCAAUUUUGAUGAACUCGACUAUCUCGACUAUCAAAUAGGGCAGUGGUACCAGCACCUAGCCGAUGACAUGAAGCUCGAAUCUAUACAACCAGGGCAGGAGAUUCGGCAUGUCCAGGCGGUGAUUUUCCUCCGCAAGAGCCAUCUAUACAACCUGAUCUAUCGCCUAGUCCUCCAAUCCCCAACGCGGAUAGCCCAGCACCAGAGACAUGCCCACAAAGCUGCUGCUAUUGCCAAGGAGUCGCUGCAGAUGCUCUCAGGCCUCAACGAAAACACCGGCAUCAUCAAGCGCAAUCCUCUCUUCUUCAAGCAUCUCUUACUAACUGCCUUUGGAAACCUAUUACUGGCGGUUGUCAACGCCAGCUCCAUGUUUUGCGACAACGUCAAGAUCGAGUUUGACAUUGCACUCGACAUGAUAAGAAUGCUGAGCAACCGGUCACCACUACUCAUGGCCCUCUGGAAGCGGCUUCAGGGCCUGCGGAGGCUUCGGGCGCAGCUAUCCAGCUACUCUGCCACGACGGCAUCGAGCAGCAAUGGGCAAGGAGAAGAGGCACAAAGUUUGGACUGCUCGCCUGAUGCCGAUGCCAUGAUGUUUGAUGAGUUGUUCCCAGCGCUGCAGGCUGAUGCAAUGGACAUGCCGGUCGACAACUUGGGAGACACAAUGGUCCGCGAUCAACUGAAUGGCUUCUUUGACCUUCCACCUGUCUCGGCUGGUGGGACAGGGAGCAGUUGGGUCUUUGCAACCUGGGACGGAUCGACAUAG